AUGUUCCAGAAGAAGCUACUACGUAAGAAUCACGGUAUCGAGCGCUCAGAAAUCAGGAACAGAUACCCUAACGAAAUUUACGAAGUCCGAUCCGACGCGGGAACGCGGGAAUGUGUCUUCCCGUGUUCAAGUAAGUUUAGUAUCGGAUUCAUAUCGGUGAUGGGAAAUAAAUGGCGAGUUGCGGAUUCACCCGAAGAUAUAAUCGCCAAGAGUAGCUCGAACUCCUUUGGAAAUUGGGAUGAAUCAUAUCAAGUCUUUGUAUCCUCAGAUUUUGAGGAAAUGUUUAUCCCACAGACAGCCGGCUGGAAGAGGAAAGGAAUGCGAAAGGAGGGUUAA